AUGAGUGAAGGUGAUCCAAUCGAUCACACAUUAUUACAACCAAGAAUUGCAGCUAUGAAUUAUAUUGAAGUAAGUUUAAACUAAAGUUUUUUGAAUUUAAUUUGAUCAUGAUAUUUUACAGAAUUUUUUAUGUGAUUAUUUAAAUGCGAGAAAAUAUCGGAUUCGAAGUUUUCGAUUGAUAUAUGGAGAAGAUCUUCCAUCAUCAAUUAGGGUUAGUUUUUCACAUCUUUUUUUUCGAAAAAAAAUUAUUUCAAAUGUUUAGAAUGCCCUUUGUGAAGCUGAAACAUUCUUCAAUCAAUAUUCUAGUGCAUUAGCAACUCUUCAAGGAAAUCUUGGUUCUAAUUGUGUUAAUUUCCUAUUGCUCGUGGAACCACCAAAAUCAUCAUUUGUUCAUGUUCGACUAUUGGAAAAUUAUGGAGAUUUCGAAAUUCCUGAUGGAACUUUGGUUGUGUCAAUGAAUUAUAUUUCGGUGAGUGAUUUUUUAAAACAGAUAAUUUUUUCAAAUAAGUCGUAAAACAAAUAUUUUCCUAAUGGGGUGAGUCAAUUUUAUUCUUUGACGAUUAAAGGGGUUGUCCUGCUACAGGGAAACUUAGGUUCAUUCGAUAGAGCUAAGGUACUCCUGAAACAUUCCAUAUUUUAUUUUGAUUUUAGAGCGAGUUUUCACCAUUGUAUUCAUGUUUUUGUUAGGUUUUAAGGUUUUAGUGCAUAUAAAAAACAUGUGUGCUCUUCACACACAUAAUUUAUUUAAAAAAACCCCAGAUAAACGGAACAAAAUCAACUUAUUUUCAGUUUUUUUUCGGUUUUUUAGCGCAUCACUUUGACCGAGAUAGUUUAUUCCUAAAAUGCGUAAUGAGUUUCCUUUAAUUGUAACAAAAAUUGAUUUUCAGGGAGUUAUGUCAUCUCGCGAAAUCAAUAAUGGUUGUGAUAGAAAAAGACGCAUUCAUUCAUAUGGAGAGAAAGAAAAUUGUGAAGAAGAAGAGGAAACUCUAAAAACAAGCCAGAAAGAAGUGAAAAGUGCAAAAAUAAGGAAAAUGUUUGAGUCAGAAGAAGAAGUUGGAGAAUCUUUUGAAAAUGAUUUCGAAUCACAGAGAAAUGAUGGAGCUAUUUAUGACGAUAUUGAUGAUGUGGAUACGGUUGGUAAAUUGGAGAAUGUGCGAAUUGAUAUGAUGGAAGACAUCGAGGUUGAUAUGAUGGAACAGAAUGAGACUGUUGAUUUGAUGGAGCAUGAUGAAAAAUUUCCAGUAAGUUUUUUUGGGAGAAAGGUGGAAAACAUACUAAAAAUAGAACAUUUGAAUUUUUGAAUAUGGCCAGAAAUGUGUCAAAAUUGUGAAUUUUUCUUUCUUGUAGAUAUCAAAUUUUUCCGAAUCCGAAAAUUUCUUUUUUUUCUUGAAAAUUAUAAAAAGUUUAUAGAAAAUGUGAUAUUUUUAAUAUGGCCAGAAAUGUGUCAAAAUUCAGAAUUUUUCUUGACACGUGGAAUUUCUUUUUUUUUUUAGGUCACGCAUUUUUUCUCAAAAAUUAUUCCGAUAAAUUUUUUUUGAAAUUCGAUAAAUUUUGAUUUUUUAAUGCAAAUUUCCGGAUUUUCAAGACCAGAAAAUCCGGUAAACUUCUUCAAUUUCGAAUUUCAGCACUAAAUUGGCUGUAGAACUUUCUUUAUCUGGAAUUCGUCCAUUUACAGAUGAUUUAGUAAUUGUUUGAGACGUUUUCAGCUCCGGAAAUCUAACAAUUUUGAAAAAAAUUCUUUACUAUAAAAAAUGAAAAGAUUUUUAUAAUACAAAUCAUUUUCCGUUUUUGGAGGGUUCUGGAAAGUCUAGACUUAUGCUGAAUACAUAUAUUAUUGGAAUAUUUUCUGCUUAAAAAUAUUGAAAACUUCGAAAAUUGGCAAUUAGAAAAUUAAAAAAUGUUCGGAAUUUCUGAAAUUCAGAUUCAAUUUUUUAAUAAUUUUUUAAAAAAUCUUGAAAUUUAGGCAAAACAUUUAAAGGGGGGGGGGGGUAAGACGACAAAAUUUUAUUUGCUCAACGAAUCGGGCUCCCUUUGAAUAGUAAACCCACACCGCCAAUUUUUAAAGUUAAUUUGCACGAAGCUGGGCGUGGUAUGUCUGGGCGUUUCUAGAAAAAAUCCCUUGGAGGUUUUACUACUUUUGGGGAGCCUUUAACUUUGCGACAAAAAAAUUUGUCGUCUUACCCCCUCCCCUUUAAUAACUAAAAUAAUAAUUAUAAUUAAAUUAUAGAAAAUCGAUAAAAUUAGGGAAACUUUUGUGAAAAGAUCUUUACUGAGCACAAAUAAUUCAGAGCCAAAACCUCUUUCAAUAUGUUUUCAAUUCCCCCAAUUGAGUUUCUGGGUAUAUUUUUUUAUUGAAAAUCUUGAAAAUUUCCAAAGUUUUCAGCUUUAAAAUUCCGAAAAUAAGAGUAUUUCAAUAUUUUAGCUCAAAAAAUACAGAAAAUAACAAAUUGUAAGUUUUAUAUUCAUAUGAAUUUAACUAAAUUCUCGGUAGUUUGUAGUUUUGAUUGCAACUUUUAUCAAAAUUCUGUUUUUUUCAACGAAAAAUAAUUUAAUUCAGUAAUGCACGUAAUCAUCAUUAAUUUUUCAGAUGAAUGAAAUCAUUGAGCAAUCAAAAAGAUCAAAUGUACCAAAAAUUGGCGAAAAAAAUACAAAUUUGGACCAUGAUGAUAAUUAUCUCCAGAUGCUUUUAUCGAAUGAUCAAUCACUAGAAGAAGCAUUUCAAGAUUUUAAAACAAAUGCACCAACAAAUACCAUCGAAAAACUUUUGUCGACAAAAACAGUUUCAGUUGAAGAAAAGGUUAGUUAAUAAAAUGGGUCCCUAGAAUCGGGGUGAGAUGCUUAACUUUUUGAAAAAUCUGAAGGGAAGGGUGCCUAACUUGGCCACUGUUCUGUUGAUAAUUCACCAAAAUUCCCCCUAAUUUUUCAAUAAUAGUUUCAAAAUUUCAGCUAAAACUAAUCGAGCAACUGAAAAAAUCGAAUGAUGAGCUCAACUCGAUCAAAAACAAAGCAUAUGGUGAACUGAAGAAAUUGAGAUUGAUAUUGAGCGACAAGUUAUACGAUGUAAGUUCUUCGCUUCAUUCCACUAUUUCGAUAUAUUUUCCAUUUAUUUUUCAGAAUUUGCGACCCCUCUGGUUGAUCGAAGAGGAUACAGGUCUGAAGGAUAUUAUUGUCGCGAUUUCCAAAGAUUUUUUGAUAAGUGUCGACCUUCUGCGAGCAAUCGGCGGAAUUUUCGACAAAAAUGGAAAAGAUGAAGUUUUAAAAUAUUUGAAAAGAUUGGAUGGUAACAGAAAGAGUGCUGAUAACUAUAAGGUGAUUUGAUGCAGCAUCAUUUAAUUUUUUCAUCUUGGUAAUAUUUCAGGAGAUUCAAAAGAAGAAAAAGGAAGAAAAAGGAAAAAAAGAUAAGUGA